UACAAUAAAAGAUUAAAAAUAUCACAUGGGAAACCAUCCUCAUGGAACUAAGAUCAUAUCGAUAACUUUAUCGAUCCGAAUUUAUAAUCGUGCAAGCUGAAGUGAUGAUUCUUAACUGCAAAACAACACACCAACGGUUCACAGUACGAAGGGGAGAUGCUUAUUGAUGUUGCUAAAAAAAAAAGAUCCACGCGAAUCUCCGCGCAAUAGUCCUGUAUUGCUUUUCCAUGGAAACUUGGGCUUGAAAGACGUCAAGAUCCCGUUCCAUGCCUCUCCUUUGCAUACAGUGGUUGCGUGUAAACAGUCACAUUUGCACUUUUCUAAAAAGUGGGGGAUUCACAGCUGGGUUUAGCUCAAAGUGAAAAAACAGCUUCUUUAUCCCAAGCUGUUACGUUAUGAAGUUUGGCAAGCAAAUUCAAAGCCAACAAUUCACCGAAUGGAGUGUUCAUUACUUGGACUACAAAGGGUUAAAGAAGUUCAUUAGUUCCCUGUUAAAUACCUCGUCCGGUGCUCUCGUCAAUGGCCUGGCAUCCGAUGAAGACCGAUCCAAACUAUUGCAGUCUCAAAAAGCCGCCUUUUUCUUCAAACUCGAACGCGAACUCGAAAAAGUAACAUGUCGAACCACCCCGUGAAGAGAACACAAAUGCUGCAUGGGAGUGUAUGGACUGACUUGUAUGGCAUCCGUUAGAUCAAUUCAUUUUAUCUGCAGAA